AUUUAUUUAUAAAUAUUAAUGUUUAUUACGAGAAUCAUUAAUUGUUCAAUAUAACUAUAAGAGAGCACCGAAGGAAAUUAUUUUGUUUCUCUCUUUUAUUGCCUUAAAAUUUUGUUUUAUUUGUAUUUAUAUGUUAUUUUAUUUCAUUAAAAUCAACUAAUAAAUAUAAUACAUACAUAACAAUAUUUAUUUAUAUUAAGCACUUCUUCACAUGGAAUGUGUGAGGUACGUCUCCAAGUAUUAGUUUUGAUCGAUGUGAAAGUAUUUACAAGUUAUAGUUACAUUAAAACAUUGAUCAAGAACAUUUUCACUUCUCACAUGCAAUCGGAUUGCAUGAUGCUUUGAUUUCACAAUAUUCAAUUCUAAUUCAUUCAUUAACAUUUUUGUAAAUUAAAUAUAGAACAAUAAUAUUUAAUUAAUUUUCCAGAACAACAGUUAUCUAUGAUAAUAAAGGCGAGAUCUACGUGUGCGAAAUAAUCUGUUAGAAUAUUAUCUGUAUGCUUAGUCUAAGUUGGCAUCGUCACGCUACGUAAGGUUACUAGAUUUUAUUGAUAAAUCUGCAAAUUAUAUCAUACUAACUAUCAUAGGUUUUUUUUAUGGGAGACGUGAUACGCUUAGUACGUAGUAUAAAGACGCAAACUUGGACUACGCAUACUAAAUAAGUCUUAUCUUCGCAGGAGGAAUAUGAAAAUAAGAACAAGUAUGUAGUCUAUAGUCAUUUAAUAUCGAUUAAAAAUCGAUUACGCAGUGUGCGUUGAGUAUACUCAGUUUUUUUUUAUUUUGUUAUAUUUUAUAAUAUUGUCUCUUACUGUGUGAUGCGUUGUUUAAGAUACGUCAUAUCUGAAAAUUAAUUUUUCCGCUUCUGAACUAAAUAAAUUUUAAAUGAUUUGCAACAAGAUAACUAAUACCUACAGUUAGUAAAAGUAAUUUUAUAAAGUUUUGUUAAAUUUAUGAGUAUACUUUUUAUAUAAAAGUACAUAAUAAGAUGUCUAAAAAACUUUAAAAGUUUAAAUUAUUAAGGUAACACAAAAUUAUUAACGUAGUCUUGCACGCAACAAAAUUUACGAUAACUUUUGAUAUAAGUCAAUAACCUCUGGCAAUGCUCGUACAUACCUACGUAGAGAUGACUAAAUUAGUAGGUCACGAUAACUUGGAUGCCUUAGUGAAUGUCUCUAAUUGCGCGUAUGUAGAUUCUAGAACACAUAAAAAAAUAAAUAUUGCAUAUCUUUCUAUAUGAAGAAAGAUUAAAGUUUUGUUAUCUGUUGGAUUUUCUAUUCGCACUUGUAAUGAAUUCGACAAAUAUUCGAUUAUUUAAUUGUGAAAUGUCAUACGAUUGUUUUGUUUUCACAUUUUUUUAGUUGUAGCUAUACGUUAUAUAUUGCUCUGCAACCAUCCUUUAGUAAUUUUAAAGUUAAAUGGUGACACUUUAUUGCGAUUUAAUGUUACGAACUAAACAUUUGCUAUAUAAUUUUGUUUACUAUUACUGAAAAAAUAUUUAUAAUGUUACGAUAAUUGUGCUAUUUCAAAUGUUAUUUGUUGAUUAAUUAUAUUUGUUGUCUAUAGUAGUAAGGCGUUUGAGUUUUGACGCAGAUUAAGCGCAUGCUCUUUCGCCAUUCGGUUCUACAAUCAAUAUAGUCCUCAUUGGUAAGCAGGCUGUUGAUGUACGUGAUAAUUUACCUUUUUAAAAAGUAAAACUAGGCAAAGCUUUAGUUUCAAAGUUUGCGUGUGAAGUGGCGGUGGCGGAAAGUGAGGUUUCUGUUACGGCGGGGGGCGUCGGCCUCACCGUGAGUAGUAAGGUAUAUCCGAGUCCAGGGGCGGCCCGCGGCGUUUGGGCGCUGCCGCAGCCGCCCCCCUGCACCAUGGCGGCGGAGGAGUCUCUUCCUCCCUGCUCGCCCAUGUCCCCAGACGCUCCAGCCGCCCAACCACGCAUCACCACUAACCUGAACCACCACUCCGAUUUCCAUCAGCUUAUAUUUGAAGCUGUAAGAUCUGGAGAAGUUUCGGAUAUCGAAAGGCUGGUGGAAAAGUUGGGUGUGGAAAUGUUAAGUGCUCGUGAUCAGCACGGAUAUACACCGGCACAUUGGGCGGCUCUAGAUGGCAGUGUUGCUGUCAUGCGGUACUUAGUAGAAAGGGGAGCCCCCGUCGAUUUGUCCUGUUUGGGCACCCAGGGACCUCGGCCUAUUCACUGGGCUUGCCGUAAGGGACAUGCAUCUGUAGUCCAAGUUUUAUUGCAAUCUGGCGUUGCUGUAAACGCUGCAGACUUCAAAGGACUUACACCGCUUAUGACUGCUUGUAUGUAUGGUAAGACAGCGACGGCCGCUUAUCUCCUGGGUAUGGGUGCUGCCACCCGACUAUCUGAUAUCAAUGGUGACACUGCCUUACACUGGGCUGCGUAUAAAGGUCACGCAGACUUGGUGCGGCUUCUCAUCUAUUCCGGAGUGCCCUUGCAUUGUACUGAUAAUUUUGGCUCCACCCCUUUGCACCUAGCUUGCCUGUCUGGUAAUCUAACUUGUGUGAGACUACUUUGCGAAAAGGUUAAAGCGGAAUUGGAGCCAAGAGAUAAGAAUGGUAAGACGCCGUUGAUGUUGGCACAGAGUCACCGUCACGCGGAGGUGGUCAAACUGCUGACGAAGGAAAUGAAGCGCAAGUCGCACUGGAUACCGCCGCUGUCGGAGUUUUGGGCGAUGCUGUUUGGUGGCGCGGGGGACUCUAAGGGUCCUCUGUUGUUCUUCCUGUUCUCGGUCCUUCUGUGGGGCUAUCCUAUGUACAUCAUCAGGUGCAUUCCUUUGACAUGGAACACAAUGCGAUUGUCCCACUACUGCUUCCUGUAUUGGAAUGCUAUAAUGUGGCUCAGUUGGGUCAUCGCGAAUCGACGGGACCCCGGAUACAUACCACAGAACUCGGAAACUUACUACCGAGCUAUCAGACAGAUACCGUAUUACGAUAAAUGGAAGAAAAGGAAUAUUAUACUCUCUCGUCUUUGCCACACCUGCAGAUGUUUGAGACCGUUGAGAGCUAAACACUGCCGCAUCUGCAAACGUUGCGUCGCGUAUUUCGACCACCAUUGUCCCUUUAUAUACAAUUGCAUCGGCGUGAGGAACCGGAUGUGGUUCUUCCUCUUUGUAAUGAGCGUCGCCAUAAACUGCACUUUGUCUAUAUACUUCGCCUGUUAUUGCCUUUCGUUGGAAGGCUUCGGACUCCUUUAUGUACUGGGAUUACUGGAGGCCAUAACAUUCUGCGCGCUUGGCUGGAUAUUGACGUGCACUUCAGUCUUGCACGCGUGCAUGAAUUUAACUACCAACGAAAUGUUCAACUACAAACGUUAUCCCUACCUCCGGGAUAAGAGAGGUCGCUACCAGAAUCCGUUCUCGAGAGGCCCGCUUAUGAAUCUCAUAGAGUUCUUCGUGUGCCUUCCGGACAAAUGCGACGAGCAAGACUUGUUCUACGAGGAGAACAUAUGAUCCGAUGUAUGACAAAGCGAAGCUAAAAGACCAGUUUCGUGGACUCCGUCGGAAAAUAAAAGUACAAAAAUCGAUUUGGAAGUGCGUUGCGAGUCAAAGUAAUAAUUUUAAAGACGCUUGCAUUCAUUUAUCACUCGUGAGUCGCUAAGUCACAUCACACUUAAGCUAAGUCGCAUCAUUGAGCAGUGAGUGUUAACAAAAUUUUUGCACAUUACAUCAUAAGGUUUCAAAAUUAUUAAAUUAUAUAAAUAUUGUUAAAUAAGCUUGUAGCUAAUUAAGUAUUAGUAAAUAAUAUUUUAGACUAUUCAACCAUGUGACUGUUAAUAGAACAGUCCAUUAAAAAUGGUAACAAAGUCAUAUUUAUUUUUAAUAAUUCAAAAUAUUUUUAUAUAUUGUUAUAGUUUACACAGUUUUUGACAUAAACUAUUGCCAUAUUCACUGUAUACAUAAAAGUAUUGCCAUAUUAUAAAUACAAAAUAGAAAUAACAAAGGAAUUGCACAAAUAAAAAAAAACAAUGUUACUUUAUAAUGUUAUAUUUUAGAACAGCAACAUUAUGGGCAUAAUAGUUAUCUCUUAAUUAAUCUAAGGGAAGCCUGCUUCACACGGUGCAAUAUAAGAUCGGUAUUAAAUAAGAUGUCGCACAAUUCGUAAGUACUCACUAUAUGAAGCCAGCUCAACACUGAGUAUGAGACAAUGAAUGACAGAUAAAACAUCCAACGAUGAAAAUUUAAUAUUAUCAAACUUUUUGCUUAACUACAAAACAAAAUAAAAUAAAUUAAUGAUCAUAA